GUCGGCACAGGAUGCCGGCGCAAACACCUAAAGAAGAAGACCGAUAACAGAAGUCGUUUUACGACAGUCGGCACAGGAUGCCGGCGCAAACACCUCAAGAAGAAGAACGAUAACAGAAGUCGUUUUUACGACAGUCCCGAUCGACAGUCGGCACAGGAUGCCGGCGCAAACACCUCAAGAAGAAGAACGAUAACAGAAGUCGUUUUUACGACAGUCCCGAUCGACAGUCGGCACAGGAUGCCGGCGUGUUUGCGGACUUCAGCGUGGGGUCUCGCUGCCGUUGAGUUCCUAUGCAGAAAGAGACAGUCAGUCGCGCGGUGCGCCAAAGCAGCGUAUCAUUUCAACGGCAGUGUUCUGCAGGGAAGCGUAUUGUCGAGCAGGGUUAUUUUUCAAUCUUCCACCGCGGGUUCCAGAUUCGGCUCCGGUUUUGACGUGCGGGUGCCCAGGAAACACAGCAUGUUGUCUACCGCGAUGUCGCAGAGGAUGGUGUGGGUGGACCUCGAGAUGACCGGUCUCAACAUUGAGGAGGACCAGAUCAUUGAAAUGGCAUGCAUUAUCACAGACUCUGACCUGAACAUUUUGGCUGAGGGGCCCAAUUUGAUCAUUAACCAGCCAGAUGAGUUGCUUGAUGGGAUGUCAGAGUGGUGUAAAGAGCAUCAUGGGAAGUCAGGACUGACGCAGGCUGUACAGGACAGUAAAAUCAUCCUGGAACAAGCAGAAUAUGAGUUCCUGUCUUUCAUCAGACAGCAUACCCCACCUGGACAGUGUCCCCUUGCUGGUAACUCUGUGCAUGCAGACAAGAGGUUCCUGGAUAAGCACAUGCCACAGUUUAUGCACCACCUUCAUUACAGAAUCAUUGAUGUCAGCACCAUCAAGGAGCUUUGCAGACGGUGGUUUCCAGAGGAAUACAAGAUGACACCUCAUAAGAAAUCCUCCCACAGAGCGCUGGGCGACAUACAGGAGAGCAUAAAAGAGCUGCAGUACUACCAAGCCAACAUCUUCAAAGCAACUUUAAAGGAGAAGAAGCACAUGCUUGUAGAAAAUGGCAACAGCAACAAAAUGUAGCACACAUGAAUGAGACUACAGUUGUUGUGUCGGUGCAUUUCCUGAAGUUUACCGUUUCAUCAUUGAAUGUGAUUUAAGUGACUGUCAUAAUUGAUUUGAGUUUUUAUUCAUAUUUAGCUGUCCAUUGACAUUUGAAAAUUACCUCUGCUAGUUAGCAGUUUUGUAUUUCAACAUCUACGAGGAUAAGUGACUACACACAGCAAUCACACAAAAUGAGUGUGUGUAACAGGUGUGCCUGGCCUAAACAUGAUUAAAUCUGGCUGGGUGACAUCCGCUAA